CGGGUUUCGGAGUGUGUUCGGUCCUCCGAGUCGGUCCGCUGUACUGUUCCACUCGCCUCCGAACGCGGAUCGCCGCCGCAGUCGUAAAUUACGCUAGCACGUGGCCCCCAGCCCCGUCCGACGGACACGUACGACGGUAUAUUAUAAUAUAUAAUAUUGUUAUUAUUGUCGUGUUAUUAUCGUGAUUUAAUAUAUAAUAUAUUAUUAUUAUUAUUUGUUAUUAUUCGCGGCCGCGACGCGCCAGUGAUUUUUUUCUCGUUCGACGUAUAUGAUUAUCGCCAAUUGUACUGUUUGCGUAAAUUUUGUCGCGGAUAUCCGAAAAUUUUAAAAUUAAAAUUUUUUUUUUUUUUAUAUCGUUUUCGAGUGUGUUCGAUUUCGCGUUUUUUUCCGGUUCUUUUUUUCCGACGGCACAAACAUUAUGACGCCGUUUUCGAAUGGCAUGUUGGAGACCUGACGACUUACGAUAUAUAUAUAGGUAUACUGCUGCUAGUAAAUAUACAUAAUAUAUAUAUACAAUCGUAUAUAUAGAUAAAACACGGUUCAUCGGCGGCCCACCGGUGAGCUUUGUAUAACAGACACGGACCGUGACCGGUCUCACCGUCAAAGGUAAACGUCGCAACGAGGCGUGCAUUUGAGCGCGCGCGCGCGACCCGAACCGUUUAGAUGAACAUGAGUUCGUAUCAGUUCAUGAACUGCUACCAGCAGAGCCAGCAGGCCCAACAGCAACAGGGCCGAGCGGUCACGUCGCCGGUCGACCCGCUGCAGACGGGCAACAGCCCUGGCGGUGGCGGCGCUGCCUCGGCCUCGGCCGCAGACUAUUACGGCCAGGCGGCCCAAGGCGGUGGUGGCGGCGGCGUGUACAACGCGGGUCCGGCCGCCGGCUGUUACUCGCCGCAACAGUACGCGUCGCAGUACAUGCAACAGUCGUCGCCGUCCAUGAUCGACUACACACAACUGCACUCGGUCAACCACCAGCAACAGCACCAGCAGCACCAGCAGCACCAGAGGCUGCAGGCGGCUGCGGCUGCCGCGGCCGCGGGCGCCCACCUGCAACACUUGCAGCACCACGGCGGUGGCGGCGGCGUCGGCGGUCUACCGUCGCCCGGCGGCGGUGGCGCCAUAUCGCCCAUAUCGUCGGCCCUCAACAACAACGUCGUCGGCAUGCCGUCCGCGGCCGGCGGUGGCGUCGUCCAGUGCAAGUACGAGGUGUCCGCCUCGGCGUCGGCCACGCCGAACGGCAUCAGCUCUCCGCAAGACCUGACCACGUCCGCGGCACCGCCACCCGGGUCCCGGUCACCGCCGCCCGCCGUCGUCAUGAAGUCUGUCCGGUCGUCCGGCGGCCCGGUGACCGGUUCCUCGCCGGCCACCCAAGGCCCUGUCUCGCAGACGUCCUCGUCGCCCGCCUCGUCCAUAUCGUCCACGUCGUCGAACGGCGGCGGAGGCGGCAACGGCAACGGGCCCGCAUCUUCGGGCGGCAAACAGGGCUCCGGCCAAAACCCACCGCAGAUCUACCCGUGGAUGAAGAGAGUUCAUCUCGGACAGAGUACGGUGAACGCCAACGGCGAGACGAAACGGCAGCGCACGUCGUACACCCGUUACCAGACGCUGGAGCUGGAGAAAGAGUUCCACUUCAACCGGUACCUGACCAGGCGGCGGAGGAUCGAGAUCGCGCACGCGCUGUGCCUGACCGAACGGCAGAUAAAGAUAUGGUUCCAGAACAGGCGGAUGAAGUGGAAAAAGGAACACAAGAUGGCCAGCAUGAACAUGGUGCCAUACCACUAUCACAUGGCCGCCCAGCCCUACGGCACCCCGUACCCGUUCACGCACCUCACCACCUGAGAUUCGUAUUAUUAAUUUAACGGUUCCGUUUAGGCGGCGUCGUCGCCGUCGUCUCCGUCGUCGUCCACAUCGACGGCGGCCACGGCCGUGGCGUCGCCGAACGGCGAACGCGCGAUAGGUAAGACAACCGUUAAAUUAAUAAUAUACAUACAAAACAAUUUGAAAAAAUUAAACUCACGGGACGUGCGAGAGCGCGUCACGGACGUUACGCACGUCGACGGGUGUGCGCGAAAUUCGCGACUGCGCAUAUCUGUCGUCAUAUUGUAACGAUAUAUAUAUAAUAAUAUGUGUAAAUAAAGUGUACAAAUAUAUCAAUUAUCGUGAAUAUAAAUAUAUGACGAUGUGUUUAUAUAUUUAUAUUUCAGUAGGUAAUUAUACUAUUAUAUGAUUCAUUUAUUAUUGCGAUUUGUAUUUAAUUUUAUCGCUUGGACAUCGUAAAAUAAUGUGUUGUAUCGUGUAAUCGUGUAAAUUAUGUGUUUUUAAAUAAUAAUAUAAUAAUAUAUGACGAACGCACGUCGUAAUAAUAAAAAAAAAAUUACAAAAAAAAAAACAAAAAAAAAACCAAAAAAACAUUUCUUUCGAUACCUUUCGUUUCGAUUUCAUGUUUUAUUAUAAUAGUUGACCCCGCCGAGUUUAACGAUCAUUUAUUGUCAUAUCGUCAGUAAUGAGCACGCAUUACGAUUAUACCGCGUAUAGCAAUUACACCCAUUUCAUCUAAAAAAUACGUCCAAGACCGAUUUUCAAUAAUAAGCAAUCGUAAAAUCCUCUUGCACAUACGCCCUUCGUAUGCAUAAUAAUAUAAACAACCCUUAUUGCUUCCGAUUCCGGACGGCGUGAAUCUAAAUAUUUGAGUGCGUACGAUAAAACCGAAAAAUAAAACAUAAACGAGAAGACUACGCGAGAUAAAACGUAUAGAAAACAACCACGCGGUGUAGGCGAGAAUAGCGUUUGCUCAAAUUAUUUUUUAUAUAUAUCGUAUAUAUUAAAUGGUCGGUGGAAAAGAGUAGAUAAUGUGAUAAUAACUGUCGAUAAAAUAGGAGACAUUUUGGAUCGAUACAGAUGUGUUUUUAAUACGUAUACCAUGGACGCGCGUACGACUUUCCUUGAUAUAAUAUAUUGUAACAUUUUUUUUUUACAACAAGUAUUAGUCGCGAGACUGAUUUUGUCGAGAUUUGUUACCUAUACGUAUGGCACGCAUCAUUCUAGUGGAAUCUACAUACAAUGCAUAUAGAUCGAUUUCAUACCAUACAAUAAUAUUUCAUACGAUUGUUUCACGAGUAUGUUGCCGUUGCACUAUUUGCGCGUACACUGCAGGCACAAGUACCGAUCGUACCGACCCAUCUCUACAGUAAUCGACCGCGUGUCUUUCGCGCAUAAUUUACGACUCGCCACAUUAUAACACUUUUAUUUUUGACCGUCGGUCACGACGAGGACCGGGUCCCGAGAAGUGUAGGGGACAUAAUACGCAAGUAUUAAAUAUUACAUGCUUUUAGGCCGAGUUUUAGCGGAAACGAACUCAUCGGCAGUACUAUAUAAUAUUAUAAUUUAUAAGUUAUUUAAACGCAAUGUUUUACUAUUACACUCAAACCGGUUUUCACAAAAUUGAGAGAAAAUUUACAAUGUAAUUUUAAAAUCGUUAUAAUAAUAUAUCAUAUAUUUAAACGUCGUCGCACACGUACUCGUGUUUCUAUUAAUAGUAUUUUUAUUAUACGGUUUUAUCGUAAAUUAUUCAUGAUAUUAUAAAUGAAACGACAAAAUGUAAAUAUUCUAUAUACAUAUACUUAAAUAAAUAAUAUAAAAAGGUAUAAAAUAUAUUAUAAAUUACGCUGUAACUAUUUUCUGUACAUGUGUUAACCCAGAGUCUGUGAUUUUUCUUUAUUUUAUUAUUAUUAUUAUUAUUAUUAUUAUUAUUAUUAUUAUUAUUAUUAUUAUCAUUAUUAUGUUUUAGUUUUUAAGAACAAAAUAUUUAAACAUUAAAAUACCUAGUUGUUUUUUAUAAUUUGUUUUCUUAUUUUAUUGUUCUUUCUUUAAUUAUUUUAUUCUCCUAUUUUAUUUAAAAUCAUGACCAGCUUCCCGAUUUUAUUAUUUAUUUUAUUUUUUGCCAUGUCGAUGGUCAAACUCAGUGUUUCAAUCUAUCUAAUUUAUAAAAGUGCAAUAUUUAUUGUUUGAUUUUUGUUGUAAAAAGAAAAAAUUGUAAACUAGAUGUAGAAAGACGAUUCUAUCAUAGUGUAUACUGUAUAGUAAAAAAAAAUAUUAAUAUAUUAAUUUAUAAUUAUUAGUCUUGUCAUGUUGCUGUCACUCAUGAUAUAUUUUUUUUUUGUCUCGAAUCAUUAGAGUAUCGAUCGAGAGCAUAAAUAAAUAAUUAUAAUCAAAACAAAAAAAAAUGUUUCAAUGAUAAUAAUUUGUACAUAAUAUACAUUAAAUUUUAAACGCGUAUAGUUUAUCUACAAGGUUUAUUAUAAUACGAAUAUAUACAAAUGUUUUCACAGUUUUGCCCACGAGUAAUAAUAUUGUAAUAUUAUACCGUGAAAAGGAAACCAGGAUUUUCUUUUUUUAAUUACUUUAUUUAAUAUUAUAAUAUUAAUAUGAUAUAUAUUAUAUACUAUACAAAAAAUUAUAUGCCUGUUUUAAUUUUUAAUUUUUUUUUCCAUUGUAAAUAGAUAAUAUGUUAAAAGAUGUUACGGUGUGUUUUGAAAAUUCUCUGUAAGAAUCCAAACGAUGAUAAUGAUAAAAAAAUAAAUAAAAAAUAAAAAAAAAUAAUGAAAUAAA